UCAUCACUAGAACAUGUGCUCUUGUUUGUGGAAACAAAACAGCGUGAAUUGGUUGGAAUUUCUCUAUUAAAACACCUGCAAUCAUGGCGGAUCAUGCUUUUCAUCGGCCCGGGCCGCUGAAGCAAACGAACAAAGCCCACAAAACGGGACGUCAUCGCUCCAAGGGAGCUAUAGACAAUGCCCAAAAGGGAAAGAUUGGUCUUAAGGCCAUUUCGCAUAGGCACAAGCAACAACAGCGGAAGGAGCAGCGUCGCAACCAGAUGAACCAGCUGCGGAAGAACAAAAGGGAAGAAGUCUUGGAGCAGAAGAGGAAGCUGGGGGGUCAGAACACUGCUCCCUUCCUCGUCUGCCUGUUGCCUAUGCACGAGCAAAUCGAUCCCAAGUCCGCGUUGGAAAUUCUUCAAAGCUGCGACAGCGAACUGGUGGUGGAGAACUCCCCAAGUGGCAUUGUUUACAUGAAUCUUCCUCGCUUUAAGCAGCGUUUUGCCUUUGUAACCCCACCUGUUGGUCGUGGAAAUGAGCUAAUUGCCUUGGAUUACCUCAAGGUGUGCGACACUACUCUGCUCCUGACCACUGCCGCCUUUGGUGAUGAGGAUAUCUUCGAUCGCUGGGGUCAGCGGAUUUUCAAUAUGAUGUCUGCUCAGGGAAUACCCACUCCAGUGGUGGCCCUCAUGGAUCUGGAGUCCAUCAAUCCCAAGCGGCGUCCAGCUGCUAAGCAAGCGGCUCAAAAGAUCAUCUCUAAACUGUUACCCGAGGAGAAGAUCAUGCAAUUGGAUACUGCCAGCGAGGGACUGAAUGUGAUGAGACGUAUCGGCGGCCAGAAGAAACGUAUCCUGCACAACGUGGCAAAUCGGCCACAUCUCUUCGGCGAUGUAGUGGAAUUCAAGCCUAAUUCCGAUCCUAGCGAUGAUCUGGGCACCUUAGAAGUAACUGGUUUCCUUCGAGGACAAUCUCUAAACGUGAAUGGCUUGGUUCACAUUCCGGGCUUAGGUGAUUUUCAGCUUAGUCAGGUGGUGGCCCCGCCAGAUCCAUACAAACUGGAUAAAUCUCGUGAUGGCGAAAAUGCCGGAGUGAGACUUUUGGAUAAAAGUGAUCCCUUGAAGCGCACAUCCCUCCAGAGCGAGAACAUCCCCGAUCCCAUGGACGCGGAACAGACGUGGCCCACAGAGGAGGAGAUUGCCGCCUCGCAGCAGGAGACCAAAAAGAUGAAGCUUGUGAAGCGUGUUCCCAAGGGUUACAGCGAGUAUCAGGCCGCAUGGAUUCCUGAUGUUGAGGAGGUGGCGGAUACCAACAGCAAGGAAGACGACGACAUGAGCGACGAUGAUGAUGAUGACGAUGAAGAUGAGGAUGAUGAUGAGGAUUUUAUGUCGUGUGACAAUAAGUCUUUCGAGGAUGAAUAUGAGAAACGGGAUUCGGACACUGAAGAGUUUCAGGAUAGUGCGUCUGUGACCUCAGAAGCUGCCGUCAACGACGAGAAAUACGAUCAGCAGAUGGACUUCCAGGAGGAGCGUGAGACCCUAAAGCAGCUACAACAAGCUCGAACAGAUCAACUCUGGCCCGAUGAGAUUGACACACCUUUGGAUGUGCCUGCCCAUGAAAGGUUCCAGAAAUAUCGCGGCUUGGAAUCCUUCAGGACAUCGCCUUGGGAUGCCAAGGAGAAUCUGCCAGCUGAUUAUGCUCGUAUCUAUCAAUUCCAGAACUUCGACCGCACCAAGAGAAGGAUUCUGAAUGAAGCCAAGGAGUUCGAGGGUGUGCUGCCCGGUUUCUACGUCACCCUUCAUGUGAUUAAUGUGCCGGAAAGCCGGUGGAACGCCUUUAAGUCUGCUCAGCUUACGGACAACAUUAUUGUAUAUGGAAUGCUACCUCAUGAGCACCAAAUGUGCGUAAUGAACGUUGUCCUCCAGCGUAUGCCCGAUUCCGAAGUGCCGAUAAAAUCGAAGGAGCAGUUGAUUAUCCAGUGCGGCUAUCGUCGCUUUGUGGUGAAUCCGAUCUACAGCCAGCACACCAAUGGGGAUAAGCAUAAGUUUGAACGCUACUUCCGUCCGUACGAGACCGUCUGUGCCACGUUUUACGCCCCCAUUCAGUUCCCUCCAGCACCCGUGCUGGCCUUUAAGGUGAAUCCCGACUCUACCCUGGCUCUGGUGGCACGAGGACGUCUGCUUUCUUGCAAUCCAGAUCGGAUUGUCCUUAAGCGCGUUGUUCUCAGCGGUCAUCCUAUGCGAAUUAAUCGCAAGUCGGCUUCUAUCAGGUAUAUGUUCUUCUACAAGGAGGAUGUGGAAUACUUCAAACCCGUGAAACUAAGGACCAAGUGCGGAAGACUUGGACACAUCAAGGAGUCGCUAGGAACGCACGGUCAUAUGAAGUGCUACUUUGAUGGACAACUGCGAUCCUAUGACACUGCUUUUAUGUACCUGUACAAGCGAGUCUUCCCCAAAUGGACAUACGAGGAUUGCCUGGUGCGAACGGCGGAGCACGAACGUCAGCAUGCGGCUGCGAACAGAAGGACGUCGCAGCAGGUGGCCAUGGAGCAAUAAAUACUCCGACGAAUAUUUAUUCCGUUGCGAAAUAUUUAAGCCACCGGAAAAGUACAUAAAACAUGUACAAGCCCCCGCAUCCAUCGUUAUUUAUAUAUGACUUCGUUGUAUAAUAGGAAUAAUAGAAUUAUAUUCACAAACAAUUGUCUUAACUUAACGGUAGAGGCAAUACAAUAUACAUACAUAAAACAUG